AUUUUCCUUAAGUCAUUUCAAACUCUUUAAGGAUCUUUUCAAAGGUUAUCUGGAUAUCUCUUUCUUUAUGUUCUUCUUCUUCUCUCUCUGUAUACAUGAAUCCUCAUACAUAUUCAUAUAUAUAGAGAGAGGGACUACGCGCAAGGUAAUAGAAUUUUGUACGUAAUAUUUUGUUCAUACAUACCUAGAAAAUUUGAUCAAAAAAAAAAAAAAAAAAAACAAAAUGUUGCCAUACAAUAGUGUUCAAGAUGCCGAGAUUUCUCUUGGAAGAAACCUAACAUAUGGAGAGACAUUGUGGUUCCAAUAUUCAGCUCAGAAAUCAGAUUACAUCCUAUAUUGCCACAACACACUCUUCUUGUUCAUUUUCUACACAUUGUUUCCAAUACCCUUUGUGUUGGUUGAGCUUUUGAGGUCCCCAAAGAUUGAUAAAUUCAAGAUUCAACCAAAAUUAAAGAAUUCCUUCUCUGACAUGAUGCAAUGCUACAAAAAGGUUAUGUUCACUUUUGUUUAUGCGGUUGGCCCUUUGCAACUCCUUUCUUACCCUAUCAUUGAGUGGGUUGGGAUUCGGACGAGUUUGCCAUUGCCAUCUGGGGCAGAAAUGUUCUGGCAAAUAUUGGUGUAUUUCUUGAUAGAGGAUUAUGCAAAUUAUUGGCUUCACAGAGUAAUGCAUUCGAAAUGGGGAUAUGAGAACAUCCACAAGGUCCACCAUGAAUAUACAGCUCCAAUUGGUUUUGCAGCACCUUAUGCUCAUUGGGCUGAGAUCAUAAUUCUGGGAUUUGCUUCCUUUCUGGGUCCUCUCUUGGUUCCUUGCCACAUGUUCACCUUCUGGCUCUGGUUCAUAAUCAGGCAACUUGAAGCAAUUGAGACACACUGUGGGUAUGAAUUUCCUUGGAGCCCAUCAAAGAUCAUUCCAUUUUAUGGAGGCGCAGUGCACCAUGAUUAUCAUCACUAUGUUGGGGGAAAAAGCCAGAGCAACUUCGCAUCAGUCUUCACUUAUUGUGAUUACAUUUAUGGAACAGACAAGGGAUAUCGAUACCAGAAAGAUGUCUUUGAAAAGAUGAAGAACCAAAACGAGAUGAAAUUUGAAUAGACAAUAACUUUGGAAGGGGAAAUGACUCCGUGAACUGGUCAUCACUGAUCAGCAGCAAGAAAGCUUUUGAAGUGUGGUACGGUUCCGUCUAGUAUGAAUUAGUAGUACAUUACUAUUUACUACAAAUACUCCAAGUGAUUAUUAAUUGAUCAUAUUGUAUUUUUCACCUGAAGAGGGUACUGACCUUUUUUUUUUUUUUGCCCCUCGUCGUUGUACGUAGUAGAUUUCUACUGCUAUGGUACUUUUUUGUAACUAGACAUUUCUGUCUUUACGGUGUCUUUUAUGAUGAAGGGACAAAUAUUAGAAAUUAAAUUAGACACAGACCGGAUUAUUAUAGAUCUUCCUUUAAUUUAUGUUUCGAAAUACUGGAUCAUCUUUUUCGUACAAAG